AUGAGUUUCAGCCCACAAGUGUACGGUAACGGGCCCCGAUCUCCAUACGAACCGAUCGUUCCACCGCCAUCUGAAUCACCACCGGAUCCAUUGAAUUCACGUGUCGAAUCAUCGGCAGUCUAUUCUACGGAGAGAACUGAUUAUCGAUCUCCAUCCUCCCGCUCAUCUCGUCCCCCAUCGCGUGCUCCUCGUUCUCCAUCAUUCUAUCAGCCAAGACGUUCAAAUUCUCGAUCCUCCACCACCUCCUACCAUCGCAAUCGUCCCUACAACCCCUCCAUUGCUCAUCACAACAAUCCACGUGGCUAUUCUGGAGGAUCAUCGUCAUCAUCUCGUCACUAUCCAUCAUCGUUUCGUAGUGGUGGUGGUCAGAAUAGCUAUCAGAAUAGCUAUAGUGGCUCGUCGUCACGUCAUCGUGGAUCUUCAGAAUACAAUUCUAGAAGCUCAAAUUCGUCGCAUUCGUGGCGCUCGUUUAGCAAUCGUAACGAUAAUAGAAAUAAUUCUAGUGGAAAUGGAUGUUUUUGA